UUUAUUUCUAAAUGUAAGAAGUAACUCUUGCUGUACGUAUAUGUGUAUUAAACGUACGACGGACAUGUAAUAAAAAACGACAGGCGAGUCCCGGUACAGGAAGCGGCGCAACGUCGUCACUUGAGCAACAUAGUGGCGUCAGUCGCCGUAGGUCGAUGGUAUUGUUCAUACCGAUGGUCCGUCCGUAGCCGUCCUCGCCGCGCGAUGCGUCCACCAACGUGUGUUUCUGCACAUGGCCGUGCCGCCCGACGGGCCUCUGCACUGCUCCGCGAUUUCUGGCGUUCAGCCACCGGUAAAUGAUUGCGUCUAUUAUUUCUAGAAGAAUCAUAUACUUAAAAUUCAUACCAUGACUACAUCAUCAGAGGAUGUUCUGAUGCAAGUAAGUCAAGUGCGUUACAAAAAAGGAGAUGGUACUUUGUAUGUGAUGAACGAACGAAUAGCAUGGAUGCUUGAUAACAAAGAUACUGUAUCAGUUAGCCAUAAAUAUGGUGAUAUUAAAUUACAAAAGAUAUCACCAGAGGGAAAGUCAAAAAUACAAUUACAGAUGGUGUUACAUGAUGGUACAUCAUCUACAUUUCACUUUGUAAAUAGGAAUGGGCAAGAAGCUCAAAUCAAAGAUCGUGAUGAUGUAAAAGAAUUACUUCAACAGCUAUUACCAAAAUUUAAAAGAAAAGUUAACAAAGAAUUAGAAGAAAAAAACAGAACUUUACAAGAACAUCCUGGGUUACUUCAAUUGUAUCGUGAUCUGGUUAUUACGCAAGUUAUAUCAUCUGAGGAAUUUUGGUCACAAUAUGCUGCCGAAUACACACAAGCCAAAAAGAGCCAACGCCAAGAAAUAGGUGUUAAUAGUGCUUUUUUGGCGGAUAUUAAACCACAGACUGAUGGUUGCAACGGAUUAAAAUAUAAUUUAACUGUUGACGUGAUAGAAUGUAUAUUUAAGACUUACCCAGCCGUUAAAAGGAAACAUCAGGAAAAUGUGCCUCACAAAAUAUCAGAAUCUGAUUUCUGGACAAAAUUCUUUCAGUCACAUUAUUUUCACAGAGAUCGUAUCAAUGCUGGGACCAAAGAUCUUUUUACCGAAUGUGCCAAAAUAGAUGAUCAAGAACUUAAAAAGGACUUGCAGACUGGAAUAAAUGAUCCUUUGUUGGAUAUUACUUCUUUUGAGGAUCAAUCACUGGAUGAAAAUUACGGGAGUGGAUGUAGUAAAUCUGAUAAAACGUCAGGAAAUAUCGUUCAUCAGAGUAUGAUCAAAAGAUUUAACCAACAUAGCAUAAUGGUUUUAAAAGCAAGCACUGCCAAACAGUCUAUGCAAAUUAAUCAGCCACAGUUAAACGGUUCUACACCGUCUGUGAGUAAAGUCUCAAAUAAUCAACCAGGUGAUGGACCAAAGGCUAAAAAGCUUAGGAUACAGGAAAAAAUAAUUUAUGAUGAUCUCGAUACAAGCUGUGACACAAAUACAAAUAAUGAGGCACCACUGAUACUGACACACAUAGAUAGAUAUUUACACGGGCCUGUACCAGGAUUUGGAAAUACAGAGCCAACUUCUGAGGAACUACUUCUUACAUUAAAUCAUUUGAAAAAGGAAGCAUCUGGAUGGGUAUUUGGUAAUACAUUACCACGGCAAGCAGCAACGUCUUUAGUCAGUCCAGCUGCAGCAGUAUCAGCUUUAGGUGAACUAACACCUGGCGGAUCUCUAAUGAAAGGUUUCCGAGAAGAAAGUCUUGGACAAUUAAUACCAAAGGAUUUGGAAAAGGAAUUACGUAAUAUAUACGUAUGUACAUGUGAGCUAUUGAGGCAUUUUUGGCGAAGUUUUCCACCAACAACGCCACAACUGGAAGAGAAAGCGAUCAGAAUGCAUGAAGCUUUGCAUAGAUUUCAUUCUGCUAAGCUCAAACCCUUUGAGGAUCGCGUGCAAAGAGAGUUCUCUGCGGUUAGUCAACACUUAACAAGUCAUCUCAAUCAAUUACUAAAUACUGCAUACAGAAAGUUUGCAGUAUGGCAACAGCGAAAAAUGCAAAUGAGGUAGCCAUUCGUUAAAAUUCCUUAAAAGCAAAGACAUAAGUAAAGCAGAGCAAUAUUGGUCAUCUCUAUGCGUACUGCAUUUUGUAAUGUUACCGUAAUUAGAUAUUAAUAUGAAUGUAUUUUAUAAAAAAAGGUAAAAAACCAAAGCUACGUCAGGUCAUGCGUCCUGUUCUGCCACAUGUAUCGUUUAUUUAUUAUUAGAGCUGCUUGUAACUGUUUCUGAACUAUUUGUGCAAAUUUAUUAUUCAAAUUUAAUCACAACCGAUAAUGUCAAUUGAAAAUCAUUUCUAUGAUACAUGUAGUUUGUAAUUUAUUUAUUUACUUCUAGCAAAACUAUAUAGGAUAAGACACUUAAAACCGGUCAUUUUAGUAACUUCUUUUUAUUUUUAGCGAUAGGAAUAAAUACUUUAGAUGAAAUCUGUUCAGUUUCAUAAGGGAUGUAUGGUGAUGACAUUGUUUUGAUUAUAGAUCAAAUAGUGAAUGAAGUUCCAAAGUCACCAAAUUUUUCUUUAAUAAAAUGCUUAUAUUUAUUUUACCUUUUAUUUUCUAAUAAAGCAUUUUACCGAUGCAUACUUUAAAGUAUGCAUAUUCGGUAUGCAAAAUACUGCAUUUUGAAUCUUAUGACAAAAUAAGUUUCUAUAUGCCUUCUCAUGCCUUUAUUAAUGUUGACAUUUUAAUGUUUGUUUACAUUUUGUAAUAUGCUUGAUAACGUAUGAAUUAUUUUAGAGCAUACAUUUGCUCAAAAUCACUUUUGAACAUUUUUAAUGACAUGUA